UUUUUAAUAGUUUGUCUUAUUUUAAAUGGUCGAGGAGAAUAACUCCAAUAAAUAUCUCAGUGUUGAUACAGGUGAGAGCUGACUUUGUAUCUGGCUGAAGUUUAUGAUCUCAUAUUAUGAGUGUGGAGUGGACUUUGCCUCCGGAGGGCACACGGUUCAGCGGUCACAUCCCUCUGAGAUAAGCAGAGGAAGAGGCUCAGUGCGGCAGUCGUCGAGAGCUGGCUGAACGCGGAGGGACAGCAGCAGUAUGACAGGGUUAGCCUGGCAACCAGGAAGAAGGCUAGCUCUUUGCUAACCUCCACCUGCUAACACUCUUCUUUUUGGAAAUCCAGCUACCUUCAUACAGGUGUCUGGGCUGGUCAGAACUGCACUGUUGGAAAGAAUCUGCAUUGUUUGGUAGUAAAUGUGACAGACCAAAGCAACACAUCCAGCCUCAUUAUGGGACAGGACAGGGGGAAGUAUGAUUUCUACAUCGGCCUGGGCUUGGCCAUCAGCUCCAGCAUCUUCAUCGGAGGCAGCUUCAUUCUCAAGAAGAAAGGACUUCUGAGGCUGGCAAGGAAAGGGUCGAUGCGAGCGGGUCAGGGUGGUCAUGCAUAUCUAAAAGAGUGGCUAUGGUGGGCUGGCCUACUAUCAAUGGGAGCAGGAGAAGCAGCAAACUUUGCAGCCUAUGCCUUCGCUCCUGCAACUCUGGUCACCCCGCUGGGAGCCCUCAGUGUACUAGUGAGUGCCGUGCUGUCGUCGUACUUCCUGACGGAGCGGUUAAACCUGCAUGGGAAGCUCGGCUGCCUGCUCAGCAUCCUGGGCUCCACCACCAUGGUAAUUCACGCUCCGCAAGAGGAAGAAAUCAACAGCCUGGAAGACAUGGCCAAGAAACUUGUUGACCCAGGCUUUAUGGUUUUUGCCACAGUCGUCAUCAUCGUUGCCCUCAUCUUUAUAUUUGUCGUGGGUCCUCGCCAUGGUCAGACCAACAUCCUCGUCUACAUCACCAUCUGCUCAGUGAUCGGGGCGCUGUCAGUGUCGUGUGUUAAAGGACUUGGUAUAGCCAUCAAAGAAGCAAUCGCUGGUAAAAGCGUGGUGAGGAACCCGCUUGCGUGGAUCUUGCUGUUGGGUCUGGUGGCCUGUGUGAGCACACAGAUCAACUACCUGAACAAAGCUCUGGACAUUUUCAACACCUCGCUGGUGACGCCCAUCUACUACGUCUUCUUCACCACGUCUGUGCUCACCUGUUCCGCCAUCCUCUUUAAGGAGUGGGGUCACAUGGGCUCAGAUGACAUCAUCGGCACCCUCAGUGGCUUCCUCACCAUCAUUGUGGGGAUCUUCCUGCUCCAUGCCUUCAAAGACGUUAGCGUUAGUCUAGCUACUCUCGCUGUGUCUAUAAGGAAGGAGGAACGAGCAGUCAACGGGUCGGCAGCUCACAGCACGUAUGAACUGCUGCAUGCAGAGUCGACAGAGGACAUGGAGGACAGAGAGAUGGGUUUGCCUUUUGAUAGCGUCUCCAGAAGAAACGGGGCCAUGUCUUCCUCUUUGGACCAUUAAAGGACUCUUGAACAGACUCAGACCAUGGCAUCGUUAUGGUGUACGAAAACAAUAAGACAAUCAGCUGUUUGGGACUCUGAUAGACCAGUGGAUUGUAUUUAUUGUUUUGAUUUGCCUUACUUUUCUGAGAAUAUGACCCAGUCAUAUUCAGUUACAGUUAGAACUUAAUUUCAUUCCUCUGUAGCGCUGUAAAUAUGAGUUUUUUAAGACAGUUUUGUUAUAUGUACAUGCAUAUCCAUGCACUGACUUACUUUCUAUAAAUCAAAAAGGUUUUAAUAUAUAUUCUUUAUGAGGUCCUGCUGACAAUGACAACACAUAUAUUAAGAAAAAAGACUGUCACUAUGAUUUAAAGUUUCGUGAUACUUGAAAGUACCGAUUUCUUUCAGAGGAACUUUUGUUUUUUUACAUAAAAAGCUCUUCAGAUGAACCAA